CGCCACGAGCAACUCCAAAUGCGAAAUAUGGUUAUGCUAAACAAUGAAAAUUACGAUGAUAUAAAAAUGGACAGAGUUAACGCGUCCGAGAAGAAACGACUGGAGUCGUUAAAACGGCAGAAAGAAAUAUUUAGGACGAAGGAAUUGGCAGUGAAAAAUGCAUUGAAGAAUUUGGACAGUACAUCGAAUAAAAACAAGAUAAUAUUUAGUGAUGACAACGAUCAAGUGAAACAGCCGAGACCUGGCAAGAAAGAGAAAAAAAGGAAACGUGAUCUGUUCAACAAUGACGAUGAUCAGCCGCUUUGGAACGAUGAUCAAUUUGCAAUCGAUAGACACGCCACAGGGAAGGCUCUUAGUACCGUUACUCUGGGGAAUGACGACAGGUUCAAGCUCGAUGAACGAUUCGUGGAAAAUGAUAAGUCGGUUAAAAACAAUCUUGUGGAAAAUAAUGAUGAGAAUGAUUUACAGAAGGAAAAGGAGUUGCAAUUAGAUAUUCUAGAAAAUAUUUUAGGAGCACCUAUUACUUCAAGAAAUAAAAUCGUAGAUAAGGAUGCAAAAUUCACCAAGAAAGGAAUGAUCAGAUACGACCCUACAAAGAGCAGUCAUAAAGAAUACGAAAUUAAUACUGAAAAGUCUGAGACCGAGAGUAAGACGGUGAAGAAGAGAAAGAAAACUAAGAAUACUGAAGAUAAAAAUGUGGAUCCGACUAUACCAGUAUCGACAGAUGUCUAUUUCUCAGUAUCAGACUCCCUAACGAAAAGUUUAAACGAAGGAGGCCAAUUCAGUUUAUUAAAAACGUAUGGAAAAGAGACAGAUGAAAAGGGCGAAGAUAAUGAGAAUGCACAAAUUAUAGAAGCACCGAAACGACCAAACUUUCAGUUCGACUUUAAAUCGAAGAAUCCGUUUAAGUACGAUUCUUCCGACGAUGAACGAGAUGCUAAACAAGAAUAUACAGUCAGUGAGGAACGUACGGACGACAUAAUAGAACAGACAAAUAAUUUUUUCUUCGAGCCCAACGACGUUCGGUUCAACGAGGCAGAAAGCUUCUUUUCAAAGGACUACGCGUCGGAAGAUAAAUUUAAAGAACUCAGACAGGAAUUGAAACAGAUCGUCCGUUUGAAGAUCCGGAGAAACUUAAAAAAGAAACAACCCUGGGGAUACAAGAAGAAAGUGAAAAGAGCAUCUUGAAUCGCCCUUGGAAAGUACUAAGCAU